AUGGCGGGACUUUCACAAGAAGAUCACAACAUUAUCAAGAACCAUCCUCUAACCAACUCAGUUGAUCAUUUACAAGGCAUGCUUCAGGAAGCUGAGAAAAUCUAUGAGUUGUGUCUAAAUUCCCACAAUGACGCUGUUGAUAGCCUUGACCAACUCUAUCAAUGGGCGAUUUCAAGACUCCUCUCUGCUUUACAGAGAGAGGAUGCAGCUCACAGCCUUCACUCACAGAUGAGUGAUGGAAAUAUGGCGUCUGAUCUAGCACGCUUAGUCAAUCGCCUCCAAAAGGCAAAAGGAAACUUCAUGUACGAUGAGUAUAGCCUGCUGAUAUGCCUGGUCAUCCAAAGACCACCAGACAUUGAACUCCAGAGUGUUGAAAAAUGGAACAUCGACAUCUGGUCAGCUGUAUUUAGUCUCAUUGACAACUUCUCUCAAACAACUCCUCCAAUGAGCAUCCCCCCCUUCUUUGAUGGCACACCAGUCACAUCCAACUCAUCAUCACAGAAAGGUUCUGAGCAGACACAUGAGUUGGUGAAUUCAAGAAUCUUUGAGGAGAUACAUGACUGUACAUUCCAAGAUGUCGAGGGCUUCUUUGACAAAUACUUUGAGGAGAAGGACUGGAGUGGCAAAGCAGAUGCCAUCUGUCAACAUGUUCUGGCCCCAGACAGUAAUGAAUCACGCAGCAUCUACUACACCACAGUGAGCAAAGCAGAUCUUACUGGUUCAAAGAUGGAACAACAAGUCAACCUUCUUUUGCAAGCUAGAGGUGGGAGCCUCUCACUUAACAAACACAACUGGAGAGACAUCCUGGUGAUUGAUGAGCUCAAAAAAUCUAAGAAGGAGAUCAGGACCAAAGCCACACUGCUGCAGAUCAGCUGCUGUGUGCAUGAGGUUUUUGCUGCGCAGCCUACCCGGCGGUUCAUUCACGCGUUCACUGUCUGUGGAACCAAGAUGGAGGUGUGGGUGUUUGACCGCUCAGGCCCCUACAGCUCAGGCAUCAUUGAUGUCUACACGGACUCAAAAUGGUUCUUUCAAGUGCUUGUGGGCUACACCAUGAUGAGUGAUGAGGAGCUGGGACUGGACAUUUUUAUUGCUAGAAAUGGCAACAAAUCAAUAGUCAUCAAAGAGCCUGGGAACUCAGAGGAAAAAAAGGUGAUGCUGGGUAAAAUGCUUUCCUAUCAGUGUGCCAUCGUGUGUCAUGGAACCACAUGUUUUCUCGCAAAUGAUGGACAAGUGGAGGGUGUAGCCAAAUUCUCAUGGGUUUCAGACAAGAGGCGGUCAGAGGUGGCACUCCUCAAGCUGGCAGAUCAGAGGAAUGUCUGGGGGUCGCCAGAAUAA